GCGAGGCUGGGCUGAGUGGGAAAGGGAAGCCAGCCUCGCAGAGGGAAGGCCCGGCUCGGGAAGAGCGGCGGCAGGAGACCAAGGCUCAGCGCCCCAGGGGCCCGUGACGCCAACGCCGCCACCACCACCACCACCACCACCACCGGAGAGAGCCAGAGCCAGAGCGAGGGAAGGAGGAGUCUCCGGCAAGCACAGCUCACCCAACCAGCCAGUUCCGUGUGCUGGAGAGAGAAAGAGAGAGCAAGGGAAUGCAAGCAGGUGGACUUUGUCCUCGCUGAAGGCUCCGGGACAGCUCCUUGGACGAAGGUUUCAAGCCGAAGGAAGAGAGACCACCCUCGCUGCUUGCUCAGCCCUCCUCGAAGGGGCACAGGCAAGGGUUUGGUUCUGCAACAAGAGCUUUGGAAACUCCUUGGGGCCUUUUCCUUCAGCGUAGGGACUCUGAGCCAAAACCCCGGUGUGCCUUGAAGUUUGUGGCCUGGAAAAGAAGGUGCAGGCAACUCUGGCAGAGGCAGGUAGACUUUGUCCUUGCUGAAGGUGCAGGCAACUCCUCGAAGCAAGGUUUCAGUUCAGGGGAGGGCAGAACACCUUCUCUUCUUGUUCUUUGCCCAGCUCUCUGUGCCUUUGGUGGAAGGCUUUGAAAGCACAGGAGGCACGAAGACGGGGAUCUUGCUCCAUAACAACUGCAACAACACAGCUUCCUGGCACUUUGGAGGCUCCUUGGGGGCGUCGCUUCAUCUCAAAGAGAUUCCAAGACAACACUCUAAAGCGUGGAAAUGAAGGUGCAGAGUGGAAAAGUCAGAGGCCCUGCUAGGAUUUAGUUCCAUCACAACUGCAAGAGUACAACUACCUGGCCUUUUGGACAUUCUUUGGGGCCAUUUGCUUCGAGACUCCAAGACAAACUCCAGAGCUCCUUUGAGACUGGAAAAGAAGGUGAAGAAGGACAGAGACAAGGAUUUAGUUCCAUAACAACUGCAAGAACACAACUACCUGGUGCUUUGGAAGUUCCUUGGGGCCAUUUGCUUCAUGUUGGAACUCUCAGCCAAAAGUCUGGAGCUCCUUUGAGAGUCUGUGACUUGGAAAGGAAGACACAGACCGCUUUGACAGAGGCUUGGAAUGGCUCAUCCGCCAGAGGAGACUUGCCCUCCUUGUCUGCUGUGUUCGGAGACCUCACCUCUGGAACUGAGGAGGUCACAGCCUGAGCGUUAUCUAGGGAACGAGGUCUGUGUCUCAGCCUGAGCGGCAGUCAUUCCAAGAGGUCACCUGGAGACCCGUCAUCAGAGGCUGAGGAUUAAAGCAGGGCCAAAGGACUUGGAUUGAGACUUCCUUUCCAUUCUUGGUUGGCAGUUGCCUGGCGGAGGUGGCACUCGGGUGUGUGGUCCUUAAACUGGCUGUAUUUGCAAGAAAGGGGUCGGCAAAGCCCUCGGGUAAGUCUCAGGAGGCAACGGACACGCAGCACCCCUGAGGUACCCACUCCCAGGGGCACACACCUUGCAGGGAAGUUCCUGGAUCUUGGCUCCUUUUCCCAGGUUGGGAACGGAGGAAAAGGCACCUGGCUCAGGUGGUGAAGGCCUUCAGGUGUUUAGGGUCCACUUAGGGAUGGCUGCAACCUCGUCCAGCGGUUAUGGCAUUGCAGCAGGGCUUUGUGGCUCCCUCUCCCAACUCCAGAGGGGCUGGCGAUGUGUGAUGGGGGGCCAGGACCCUUGAAGUCCCCCGCUUCCCCCUCCGCUCCCACUCUCCCCCCGUCUCUCCUCAGCACUUCUGCCUGGUGCCCCGAACCCGUGUCCAGCCAUGGCGGAGCACCUGGAGCUGUUGGCGGAGAUGUCGGCGGUGGGCCGGAUGGGCACCCAGGAGCGGCUGAAGCACGCCCAGAAGCGGCGCACCCAGCAGCUGAAGAAGUGGGCCCAGUUCGAGAAGGACAUCCAUAGCAAGAAGGCCAAGGGGGAGAAGAGGAAGAAGACCACCAGCAGCAGCAGCACUGGCAAGGCGAGGCGCGUAGUCUUCCCCGAAAACGUCCGGCUCCUGGAGGCCGCCUGCCGCAACGAUGUGCACGAAGUGCGGCAGUUGCUUCAGAGUGGCGUCGAUCCCAACUUGUUCAACGAAGAUGGACUCACUGCAUUGCAUCAGUGUUGCAUCGAUGACUAUGAGGAUAUUGUGCUGCUGUUGCUGGAAGCUGGUGCGGACGUCAAUGCCUGUGACAGUGAACUCUGGACCCCGCUUCAUGCCGCUGCUACCUGCGGGCACCUUCACCUGGUGCAGCUGCUCAUUCGGAGAGGCGCCAACCUGCUGGCCGUCAACUCGGAUGGGAACAUGCCUUACGACCUCUGCGAGGAUGACGCCACCUUGGACUACAUCGAGACCGCCAUGGCCGACCAAGGUAUCACUCAGGAGACCAUUGAAGAUGCCCGUUCGGCAAUGGAGCGCACCAUGGUGAACGACAUCCGGCGGCUGAUCAAGGAAGGGGUGGACCUCAAUACGCCACUGGACCACCGGGCCACUUUGGUUCAGCUGGUGGAGCUCUUGGUGGCCCAUGGAGCCGACCUCAAUGGGAAGUCAGUGCUGGAUGAGACGCCCCUCGAUGUCUGUGCGGACGAAGAGGUCCGAGCCAAGAUCCUGGAGCUGAAGCAGAAGCACGACGCCAUCAUGAAGUCGCACGACAAGCACAAGUCGCUGCUCCAGCGCCGAACUUCUAGCGCCGGGAGCCGAGGGAAAGUGGUGAGGCGGGUGAGCGUGACGGAGCGCACCAACCUGUACCGCAAGGAGCACGAGAAGGAGGCUAUCGUGUGGCAGCGGCAGCGGCAGCAGGCGGAGAGCGAGGUGGAGGAUGAGGAUAAGCAGACAGACGCAGAGCUCCAGCCACCAACGUCGGAGGCCGAGGAGGAGGCAGCGCCCCCGGAACCCUGUGCCUUGGACAUUCCCUCGGAGCGCAACGGCUCGGCCCAUUCCCGGCACUUGUACUCCAAGCGGAUGGACCGCAGCGUCUCCUACCAGCUGGCCACCGAGGACGAGGUGGCCACGGCCACCACCAACCUCAGUAAGGACAAGGCCCGGCACACUUUGGCCGACCUCAAGCGCCAGCGGGCCGCCGCCAAGCUCCAGAGGCUCCACCCGGAGGACUACCCGCUGGACACCGGCGAAGGGACGCUGCCGGAGUCGGAGCGCAAUUCGGUGUACUUCACGCCGUCCAGCGGGGACCCUCCUCUCCUGAAGCUGACCGCUCCGGCGGAAGAGACUCCGGCCGAGAAAAGGCGUUGCUGCAAGCUCAUGUGAGCUGCGAGAGAGACCCUCCUCGCUGGAUGUGUCCAGUGGGUCCACAAGCCUGGCUUCGCCCUCCAGAGCAAAACGGUGGUGGGUUGGAAGCCGCGUGGGUGGCAGGUUGGAGGCGGCCCACCAGUUCACCCGCAGUGUCCUUCGUCACCCACGCAGUAAACGUGGCUGGCCAUUUUUACCCCCUCGAAUUUUGCAGCGUGUUCUGGGAACGGUGGCUUCUGGUGGCCACUCCUUUACGUGUGUCUUUUGUGUGUGUUUGUGAGGAUAUAUACGGCGGUUGGUUGCCGGGAGCCCAGGCUCCGGAAGAAUCUCAGGGAAGAAGGAACACGGCUGGGUUUCGCUUGCCUCGACGUGGGUCAGGGAGGCGUUGCAAUGGGGGUCUUGGGGCAAUGGACGUAGAGGGGGCGCAUAAGCCCCAGUGUGCCCAUAUUCUCCCUCUUUCUGUGUCUCUCUUGUCUGUGUGUCUUCUCCACAGGUGAAUUGAAGGUAAGAGGGGAGCUGCACCCCAUUUCUCCAACGGCACAGGAUUCUGGGAGUUGUGGUCCAACUUUUCCAAGCCCUCGUGAGGGAAAUAUCUCAUUUCUGGGGUGGUCAAAGGAUGUGACAAGGAGAAGGGACACAGAGUCUAUAUCUCUCCAAGAUUCUCCAUAAUCGGCAUCAUCUUGGUUAUGGGAUUGGCCUUAUUGACCCCUCCCAAAGUGGGUCAGAAGAGACUAUGUUGGGAUAGAGUAGGCACAGGCAAAUUUGGGACCUCGUUCCAGGUGUUUUGG